GCAGCAAACAGCGCGGCGUUCGGUUCAUGUCGCGAUCUACUCACCUUCCAUUUAUGGACCGCAACGUCGGGACGGGCGCAGCACCCACGCUGCGGCCCGAUUAGGCAUGAACAGUAUCUGUCACCGACGCCCGGCGAUGGUCAACCGCACGGGAGGGCUCGCAGCCGUGGUCCCUUCAUCAGCUUGUCCGCUGUCAGUGCAUGGGACCUCGACCGCGUGGUCAAGCCGGCUGCAAUUGCAAUCGCGCCUCCGUGGCUGCACCGUGCUGCGAGCGCAGCGAUGCGCAGACUCUGCGGCGGGCAGCGGCAACCUUCAUCGACGCACGCGUACGACCGCGACACUGCAUAAGUAGUGCCCUAUCGCUCGCCAGGCAGGGCGCCACACCUCGGACCCUCGUCAUACUACGUGUUGCGUUGCUUUUGGACCAUGCACUACCUCAGGUUGGACGAUACUCACCUGGAAGUCGAAGAUGCUGGUGACCUCCCACUCGGAGUCAAGCCAGAGGGUCAUGGAUUGGUCCCCAUCGACUUGCAUUCGUCAGUGCAUGUCAGGCCAAUGAGAUAUGCCGAUAUCCCAAAGGUUGUUGCGACGAAUAGGAAAGCGUUCGUACAUGACCCCCUCCUUGGUUAUAUGCUGGACACACCAGAUGCACCACACUCACGAGGGAGUGGAUGGGUCGACAACGUGGUGUACGCCCUGCAGUAUUUCGGACAUGCCCAUGCACGGAAGGUUCUGGUGGUAGACGUUGGAGACGCGUUUCUAUACUUCGGCCUGCCAGGGAACAAGCCGACCACCUUGGAAACCCUCAUGCUUCGCACCAUCUCCUUCAUACGGAAGUCGCGGACGGCGGAACAGAGGAAGCGCAUCGCGGAGGUGAUGUCGAAACAGGAUGCAGCCAUCAAGUCCGCGUUGGGCGACAAGAUCCAACGGAUGUUCGCCGUGGAGGGUCUUGCGACACAUCCCAACAAACAAGGCAGGGGGUACGGAAGCGCACUCAUGGCCGCCGCUAACGCCAAGGCCGACGCUCUCGGCGUCGCCUCAUGGCUCUCGUCCUCGAACAUCGCCAACACCGCGUUCUACGAGAGCUGUGGAUUCGCCGUUGUAAAGGAGUUCGCGAUCGGGGAGGACAACCCGACAUGGACGGAGCCGCCCGUCAUCGUCAGAAUCAUGGCAAGAGAACGAAUGGGCGGAACGCAUGACGCCAAGUCGGAGAUGGUCUGAAGGCGAUACCUAGCUUAAACUAUACUUUACAUCGGAAUCACUCUCGAGCUCGUUGACAACGUUCGCACCCCGCACCU